AGGCGGCGGAAAGCGGCCCCGCUGGCGCUUCAAGAAACUCACAUAAACACGUGAGAGAAGAUGACAAGAUCUAGAUCGAGAUCACCACGAUGGAAACCAAGGUCCUUAUCUCCAGCAUUUAGGAGUCCAGAGCAUCAUAGACAAAGACAUGCUCAUAUUAAUUAUGACUGUGAAUAUAAAAGCUUUCGUAAGGACCCAAAGAAACCUAUGCCUUGGAGAACAGAAGAUGAGAAAUAUGGACAAAGCAAUUCCAGGUUUGCACCUCAUAGAAAUAACCACCAGAGAAUAUAUGAACGUAGGUCACCUUCACCAAACCUGAAAAGAAUUCCCAUGGAAGAUUCUUACAGUCAUAAGCCCUACAGAACACAUUCAUCUGAAAGAACUGAAAGCAAUAGGAGAUGCCAGUUACCACCAAAAUACUUGGAAAUACCAUAUAAAGAGCAUGAUCGUCCCUUUUACCAACACAAAAUAGAAGAUAGAUACAUGUUUGACCACUACAAAGUCACUGGAGAUGAAAAAGGAAUGAAACCUUUUCAUAGACCGUUAGGGGCUCCAUGUAAACUUGAAAGAAAAUGGCAUGAAGAUGACUUGAGGCACCAGAGGUUACAUGAAGAGAAGUAUGGUCAGUCACCCAGAAGAGUUUCUGAUGAAUUUACGGCAAGGAGCUCUUUACAGAAGAGGUAUCCUGAAGAUCACGAUUACAGAGAAUAUGGGCACACGUCUAAAAGGGCUAAAGAAAUGGAGAGGUAUGACGGUGGAGAAGUAGCAAGAAAUUCCAAGUGGAAGCAAGAACGUUCUUUUCCACCCUACCAAGAAAAGGAGGAGCAAAGAAAUCUGGGUGCCCUGUCCCACCGGUCGGCUGAAAGGGAGUACUCGGAGGGUUCUGUCACAAAGAUAGCCUAUGAGUACAGCCACAAACGGCGCAGGCAUCUGGAUGGGGAAAAGCCUUUUUCAGACGAUAGAGCUCAGAAGUACAUGAAGCAGGAAGACCAGAAAUAUGGUUCUUCUAAGGGUGCCCGGAAUAGCAAAGAGUUAGAUUACUUUAGCAGUGGAAGAACGAGACGGACUGAAGAAGGGCACGUUGAAGUACCUGUUAAAUACAGUUCAAAGAAGGGCUGCGAUGCUUGCGUUAACUCUGCCAAAACGGAUGGUGAUCUGAGAUCUUUUAAAAACAAACCGAAGGAAAGAGUAAGGAAAGAAGGGGAAUUCAGGAAAAAAGUAGAUUCCUCCAAUAGUCAGCAUGAUUCAAAUCAUACUGUUUCAGAUGUGAAAAUGUCAGAUGUCAACUGUAGGAGGGAACAUCUCACAAUCAAAGUGGAUAUGAAGAAAAUGGUGACCAAGUACAGGACUGCUUCUAGUCAUACUACAGAAAGACAGAUGUCACAUGAUCUGGUUGCUGUUGGCAGGAAAAAUGAAAAUUUUCAUCCGGUGUUUGAGCACAUGGAAUCUGUAACACAAAAUGUUGAAAACGACCCAUCAAGAGAAUUUACUCAGGAAAUAAUCACAAUUAUCCAUCAAGUUAAAGCAAAUUAUUUUACAUCUUCUGACAUAACCCUACAUGAACGGUUCUCAAAAAUUCAGGAUAAACCUAUUGCAAAUAUGAAUGAAGUUAAAAUACGCCUGGAUCCAGAAAUUCACAGGAGGAUUGACAUGUCUCUAGCAGAACUUCAGAACAAACGAACUAUGCCAUCUGAAUCUCCCCAGAACAUUAUGAGAGUGUUAGAAGAUCCAAACGAUCUACGGCACGAUAUAGAAAGGAGGAGAAAAGAGAGAUUGAAGAAUGAAGAUGAGAGAGUGUUUCAUGUAGACGGUGUAACUCCAAGGAACCAUCAAAGCUGCAAUAUUUCAAAAUUACAAAACUCUCAACUUGAUGGCUUCCCAAAGCCUAUGAGGUUUAUUAAGCCACCUUUCAGAAAAUUUAUUGGGAAACCUCACCUGAAUUCUUACUAUUCUUCAAAACCAAGUGAUACUUACCCUCAGAGACGCAUUAGAGGACACCUUGAAAAUGCAGGACCCGUCAGAAGACACUUUAAGAGCAACUUUGUGGAUGGCCGUUUGCAAUCCCAUUAUAAAUCAGGCUUAGUACAGAAGGGUUUAUAUAUUCAGGCUAAGUACCAGCGGUUACGUUCUGUUGGUGUAAGGGGAUUUACCACUAAUAAAUUCAGAGAUGGAUUUUUGAGGAAAGAAAAGGGAAAUUUAAAUAUUGCAACAGAAACCUGAACUGAGGUGUGAUCCUGAAGUUGAAACAGCUAAUACAGCAAAGGGAGCAUCUGUUCAUUUUUGGACAACGUUGUCAAGACUUAAAAUAGGAUAAAGGAACUAACCCUGUAACUUUCUUGAUUAAAAAAAAAAACUUUAUUUUUCAGUAGUGGAAUGCUGCAGAACUUUUUUACAGUUUUAAUAAUUGCUUUUGAAGUACAGUAUUCAACUGAAACAUUGUAGUAUGUACCUUUAGUUCCUUUUACAUACCAGUCUCAAGUAAAGAAGUCAUUGAAGGGAGUCUUAUUUAUUGAAUACCUUUUCUCUAAGCAUGAUGUUACAGAUGGAACUUGAGUUGUUAUAUCCGGAGGUUUAUAUGUUGGAAGUUUAUUGCUUAUGUAAUAAAAAAAAAGGAAAAAAAAAAAGUGCCUGAAUUGUUUGGUAAUAGCACAUUAGCUCAGGAUUUUCCAAGUAAUGACCUUUUAGGUUGUGCAAUAGAUUUUUACACCUCCUGUUCAUGUUCAUUUCCGUAAAACCGUAUUUGUAUUACUUUAUUUUAGUUGAAUAAUAUACUUGGGGUUUCUGAUGUGUAUAUACAUUUGUAAAUUGUUAGAAUGUUGGGACAACUUUCAGUAUUUGAUUAAAAUGAAUGGUAACAGGCAGGUAUGUAAUGUACUGUAGCAGUAGCUUAUAACUGCACUGAAAGCAUGCUUGGGUUUGUUAGAGGAUUAGUUGGUCUGUAUUCAAAAUUAUUCUGUCUCAUUAUAUUUUGGUGUAUGACAUUCUUGACCAAGCCACGUGUUCGCUAAUCUUUUUCGUCAUAAAUGACUUGGUGAUUUCCUGGAUUCUGAAAUUGGGGCCUGAAGUGUUUAAUUACAAGAAAAACAAAAAAAGUAAGUUUUUAUAAGCAUGUCUUCUAACAAAGCUGUUCAUAAUUGAAACUGCUUUAAUGCAGAUAGCUUGUAAUUUUGUUCAAAAUCCCAGUAAUUCUCUGAACUUUACCAUACUGCAAUAUUGUUACGCUGUGUGCAAAACUCAAAUAGCCAGACAUGUUUUAUAAGCAGCUAUAAACAAUGCUGUGUUUAUUUCCUGAUCAUAGCCUUGCCUUAAUAUACCAUAGGGAUGUGUGUACGUAUUACAGGUUUGUUGGACUUUUUAUUGCCAGUAAAUUAAAGAUGCCUAGCAAGUGGUUUUCAGAGAUGUUCUUAUUUGAGAAUUAAGUUAUUCUCCAUAUCCACAGUGUAUGCAGGCUAAUGUAUUUCCAUCAUUUCCAAGACAGCGUUAGCCAUACAGAAUGCAGGCCGGUCUCUGUUGUGGACAGUAGAUCAGAAUUCUUAUACUGGGUAGAGUAUGUUCAGAGAAAAGGAAAUCUGUUUUUUGGGUGGGAAGUCAAGAUGUGAUUUCUGCAUUCUUUUUUGUGAUGUUUUUUCGACAAUGCCUGCAGUAGAGAGACUAUUUGAAAGUAUAGGUAUGGCUCAGAACAGCUAAAAUAGUGUUACUUAAAAUCUUCAGUUCAUGGAGCGCACUGCUUAAUGUUCAUAGAGAAUAAGCAGGCAGAAAGUGUGCCACAUUCAUUGAUGUUAUGGUCGUUCCACAAUGACACCAGAUGGUUUGUUUCUAAAACCCAAGAUUCAGCUAGUUUUUCGGUAACAUUGACAGGCACACACAGAAUGGGAAGCUAAAGGAAAGAAAUUCUUUGGUCAAAUAGAGGCAGGCAACUUUCUACACACAGGAAAAUGUUUACUUAUGUUUUGGUGAUGAAUCUGGCGAAAUCAUCCUGUGUAAGUUUAGGAGAUGAAAAUGAGGAAUUGAAACAACAGGUUAAGUGAGUCGACCCAAAGCGAAUGUGGAGUAGCUGGAGCUGAGCAGGCAGCUGGCAGGCGAGUGCUGCAGAUGAGGGCAGGCUUAUCCUCCAGCCCACAAGCUACUCGCACUGCUACUGAAUGUGCUAAAGCACUGUAAAACACCUAAGAAGUAAAACCGUAUAUGACAUAGGACAAACUACUGAAGCUAUAUUGUCUUAUUCAACAGGAUACUACUGUUUCUGUAAGCUUCCUGCAGUGUUCUUAUUAAAGCCUGAAGAGAACUCGUUGUUGAGCAAAUGGGAAAAGUGGAUACGUGAAGAAACUUCUGACGUGGCAGUCUUGCUAACGCUGUUUGGAAGUAAUGCUGAAGUAGCCAGACUUCAGUCAGUUAAAUGCUGCUUUACUGGGUUGAAAGUCUGACUGGUUCCUCUGGUUUUGUGCUUUCUUAUUUUACCUGUGCAUGACUAGGUAUCUCUUAAUUUGUUUUCUACUUUAACAGUUUAGCUUUGUUUGUUUUGUAUUUCUACAGUUGUGAGCAACAUAUUACGAACAUGGUAUUUUUAGCAUGUUUACUGACCGAUUUUUUUUUUUUUUUUUUUAAUCAUUAUUUUCCUCCCCCUUGCCCAACCUUGGUCUCAAGCUGAAUGUCGUAUGAUGAAAUGUAGUCAUUGUUUCAGUUGCUUUAGCUUUUAUUAAAGGUGAUACAUUUGCUCAGAUCACAUUCUUUACUGAUAACUUUACUAAUUUAGGAUUUUGUCAUGGUAAAACUCCCUAUAUUUUAUAAAAUUCAUACAGAAAUUCAAUUCUGUGACUGGCUUAGGUGCUAGCACCAUCUACUCUGUUACCUGGUGUGAGACAUUGCUGUGUAUAUUUCUCUUUGUGAAUUACAGAGACUUGUGUCUAUAUACUCAUACACAAAUCAGCUUAUUUAUUCUUCUAGCACAGGAAAGUUCUGUUGUACUGGAAUAUAAUGUUUUGUUGAGAACAAUGUAUUGAAGUUACUGAUUGGGUUGUGAAGGCACAAGAAAAAGUCUUAAGUAGAAGAAAGGUCUUGAAUAACUUGAAUAACUUGGUGCCUUUCUGUAUUGUGACUGCAUUGUGGAAAACACCUGUACAAAGACUUAAGUAAUAUCCUGAUUAUUGCAUUGUUUCUAAUGAGAGCAUGGACUCAUAACAGUUGUUAAAAUAACCACUUACUUUAAAUACGUGUGUAAAGCCUCAGAAGGAAAAGAGCAUUUCUUGUAUUAGUAAAGUCUGUCACUGCAUUUGCAUUGGAAGGGCAAGUUAAAAAUGUGAUUGUCUAAGAGCUUUCGAGCUUUCUAUUUUACACUUUGAAAAUAUAAAUGUGAAUUGCCUUUCUUUUGGUUGACUUGAAAUGACUGUUAAAUGCUUAUGUCAUUCUCAAUUGUUCACAUGUAAAAUUGUUUUUUUAAUUGCUAUCCAAAAUGCAAUGGAUUUAAUAUGACUAGAGUCUUCCUUAUAUGUGUCUGAAAUAAUAAGUUGUUGUGAAGUUAGCAUUUAUAUUGCUGAUCCAUUUAAUGUCUACGUAGAUUAGUUAGAAUCCUCAUUUUAAACUUUGUGAUGAUUGAGUUCACGAGGUUAACGAAAUUCUGGGGCUAGUAAGAAGCAACAUAUUGCAGGGCUUCUACAAGCCUGUCUUAACUCCAAUAAUUGCUUACAUGUUUAAAAUCACCUUACCUGAUGGAUUUAGGUGGUCUCGAGACCUGGAUGUAACUCUCAACUCAGGUAACUGAUAGCAGAGGAUGGGAGUAAAUUCAGCUGAUCUCCAGUUGUGAUACGUGUUUACCUGCUGCUUCUCUCCCAGGGCCUCAGGGUGAAAUGCUGAAUUUUCUUUAUAUGAACUUAGUUGCUUUAAAAACAAAAAAAACAAACCCAAGAUUACGCUUUUGUGGCAUUAAAAAGGCAGGGUUCUCAACUUGCUUGUUAUGCAUUGGAAAGUCAUUUUCUGCCGUGUCUUGGAAAUGGAUAGUAAGAGUUGCUCGGAGAAGAUGAUUAAAGAUUAUAGCAAAGAGAGACUUGAUUUCUCAGUAUUCACCUUAGAAGACUGUAUAUUGAGGGAGAUCUUUAAUUUCCUUGCUUUCUGAAGGGAUCUCUUCCCAUGCUGUGUAGAAACAUGCCUCUUGCCUUUCUUUAAGCAUCUGAACAGCCAUCUGCAAAUUUCUCUACGGGAGAGCUCUCUAAAAGAAAAACUUCAGACUUGCAUCCUAAUGAAUCUUGAGGAGGAGAAAAAAAAAAAAAAAGAUGUUUCUGCACA